AAUUUGCAGACAAGGAAUUCAGUGUUGCCAGUUUCGAAUAGAAUAAAAUUGGCUGAUGAAAUUCGAAACGGAAACAUAACUUUUAACUUAACGAAACCGAAUGAAAUGAAUUUCAAAAGUCGAAAAACCGGUUGGUUUUUCCGAUUUUGAGGUUUUAGUUUCCAAAAUUUGAGUUUCGGUGCUUUCACUCCUUUAUCCUUCCAGCCCCUAAUUUCAAAUUUCGUUAGCAAUGAGUUUUCAUUUUCCUCUGUCUGUCCUGUCUAUUCAAAAUUCUGACUCCAUUUUCCUCGUUCGGCUCGUACAGUAAUUAAAUUAAUUUCGUUAUAAAACUUAUUAAUGCCAUUUUUUAAAUUAAUAUUUAUGGAUUAUUUUCGGUAUUUCUUUUUCUUUCAUGAUGAAUGAUCCUCCACUCCUCACGCCUUACUUAUACAUGCACCGAUCAAAAUUCAAAAUCGAAACCAAUCCUAUUUCAUUUUCAAUUUUGAAAUUCAAGCUGGUUGAAUGAACUUUAUAUUCAUUGAUAGAUGACCAAUUGACCAUUGCCUUUACGAUUUGUGCUCGCCUAAAGAGUAUAGGCCUGUAACAGUUGAGACUAACUUUAACCAAAACCGCUGCAGCACAGUUAUAGCAUUUAUGUAUUUGAUUGCUCAGCGCUCAGAAAAUAGAACACCGGUAGCGUUGUUAAUCAUUCUCUAAAAAUGCCUCGAAGUUCAAUGGACCUUCAUACCGGAGGAUACUCUUACAAACAAGAACUUGAAAAAUGGAAAAAAAUAGGUUCUGAGAUUACCAGCAAUUUAGAGUUACAAAUGGCAUUAUAUUUCAACGUGAUAUUUUUUCCAUUCUGGCUCGUGACCACAAUUUUCAUGCUGAUGCAAAAAUAUGACUCACUGCAUAAUUUAUAUCAAGUAAUCACCACGAUAGUAUUGAUCAUUUUGAUUCCAAUGGAAGCAUUUAGAUUGUACUUGGGAUACGUAGGAAAUUUACUCGAAAAAAUACCCGAGCUCGCAGGAUUUUGGAUGCUUUCGUUAAUACUGCAAUGUCCUUUACAAUUAUUCUUGCUUGUAAACAGAGGCACGUCAUCGCAACCAGCUGAAAAAUCAGUUCAAUUUGUAAUGUGUGUUAUGUUAUUUGUAGAGCUCAUCUUCGGAUUCAUUGCUCUGAGAAAAAUAUCUCGACACAGGGCGAACAAUUUCCAUCUAACUCAAAUUCGUUUCAGUACAAAUUUAACGAGUAGUACGACUGCUGUAAAUGAAUUAUCAAUAAAAUCAGAAUGAAAUUCCGAAAUUGAAUCAUUGCAUUAAAAAAAUAAUAACGUAAUAAUAACUGUAAUGCGAAUAUAUUUACAAUUAUCAGAUAUUUAUAUUCGAAGGUUACCAACUAGGUACAUAUUUUUUUACAAUUUCGAUUCUACUAUACUAAUCACGAAAUGAAGCUGUUUCAGCGUUAAGAAUACAGGUGCAAAAGAUGGUUAAUAUCCACCAAUUUUCAAGCAAUAUGUUUCUAGUUUCGAAACGUGGUACGA